CCACCGCGGUGUGUGGUGUGCUGAUCGAACGCUCGUAUUUCGAUGACUGAAGAAGGCGAAUAAUGUCUGUAUUCUGUAAGACUGUAACAAACUUAAUUUAGAAGCUCUAACAUUCAGUUUUAAUGCCCUUGUUACGCAUUGCUAACGCGUAAAUUAUUCUCAGUGAUAAAGUCUUUCGUGCUGAUAGAAUAUUGACAACCUAACUUACAAUGACUUCCGUUUUACAACCGAACACAAUUUUGAGACUCUCUUCUCUUAUUGUGCAAUACUUAGUUAACUUCAUCUGUUUCAAUUAUUUCGUCCUGGCCAACUCAUCGAUAAUAACGAGCUUUUCUAUUGAGUUUCCUAACAGCGAUCCAGUUCCCCCAUCAUCAACCAAAGAUAUUGGUCCUGUUCGUCCUCGAUCGACGUUCGGAGACCCUUCAGUCUACCCACAGGACGGGGCAGGCGGCCCUCAGUUGGCACCCCACAAGAGACCUCGCAGCAGGAGGAGCGUCGCAGCGGAAGAAGAAGAGACUUCCUUACAAGCUUUAUUUUCUUCUGAUGAUCUCAAUGCUCUGCAGCCAGCUGUGUGGUCACGCCUGAACGAAAUCGUGGACUUUGGCCCCGAGCCUUGGAGCGGCGGCCUGUGGCCGGACGGUCGCGUACCCUACUUGUUCUCUAAGGAGUUUGAUUACCUGCCUGUUGAACGUCUCCUCAUAAAGUGGACGAUGAAAAACAUCGAGGCGAAGUCAUGCGUAAAAUUUGUGAAGAGAACUUCUGAAGCGGACUACAUUAAGAUAAUUUAUGAUUCUUAUCAAUGUUAUAGCAGCGUGGGUAGGGUUGGUGGUGAACAGCCUCUCUCGCUGGGACUGUUCUGCUCUCUAGCAUGGGACAGAGGUAAUAUUUACCACGAGCUGCUACACGCGCUUGGGUUUUACCACGAACACACUCGUCCUGACCGCGACGAGUUCGUAGACAUUAAGUGGGAUAACAUCAAACCUGGCAAGGAGAAAAACUUCAGGAAAGACGAACGCUGGGCGCAUAAACUUCUACAGAUGCCUUACGAUGUCGGUGAGUUAUCACGCUGGUCGGAGCUGGCAUGUUAA